UAGAUGUAUCCAUGUUUAGUACGCAAGACAUAAUUAACGCACGUAAAAGAGCGAGCGCUUGCACCACGAGAUCAGAUAUUAGCCCCAGUCCUUUUCUUCAUCGUCCUCGAAUUUGAAGAUGGUGUACCAGUACAUAGUCGGUGCCGUUGUAGCUUCUCUGUUGGGUUUUGUUUUGUCUUACAGUUUCAGAUCAGGAAAGAAGAUAACCACCAGAGCUUCAAUGGAUCAGAUAACAAGAAACGGGUUUGUAAAUAAGUUGGAUAACAGCACAUGUGGGCCGGAGAUAGCCGGAAGUACUACGGACGUGAUCAUUGUUGGAGCCGGAGUUGCCGGUGCAGCUCUUGCUUACACCCUCGGCAAGGAUGGACGUCGAGUGCAUUUGAUUGAAAGAGACUUGACUGAGCCCGACAGAAUUGUUGGUGAGCUGCUACAGCCAGGGGGCUAUCUGAAACUGGUUGAGUUGGGUCUUGAAGAUUGUGUGAAUGAAAUUGAUGCUCAGAACAUAUAUGGAUAUGCUCUUUUCAAGGAUGGGAGAAAUACUAGACUGUCCUAUCCCUUGGAAAAGUUCAGUCCAGAUGUGGCUGGGAGAAGCUUCCACAAUGGACGCUUCAUACAAAGAUUGAGAGAAAAAGCUACAUCUCUUACAAAUGUAAGCUUGGAACAAGGAACGGUGACAGCUCUGCUUGAAGAAAAAGGAACUGUCAAAGGGGUGCACUACAAAACCAAGACUGGUCAAGAGCUGACUGCCCAUGCUCCCCUCACAGUAGUAUGUGAUGGAUGCUUUUCAAAUUUACGGCGGUCCCUGUGCAAGCCCAUGGUUGAUAUCCCCUCCUGUUUUGUUGGUUUAGUUCUAGAAAACUGUGACCUUCCAUAUGCAAAUCAUGGACAUGUUAUUCUGGCAAAUCCUUCACCCAUCUUGUUCUAUCCUAUUAGUGGCACUGAGAUUCGUUGUUUGGUUGAUGUUCCUGGCCAAAAAGUACCUUCGGUUGCUAAUGGUGAAAUGAGCCAGUAUUUGAAAACCGUGGUGGCUCCCCAGGUUCCCCCAGAGCUGUACAAUGCUUUCAUAUCUGCAAUCGAUAAGGGAAACAUAAGAUCAAUGCCAAAUAGAAGCAUGCCUGCAGCUCCCCAUCCCACUCCAGGUGCACUCUUGAUGGGGGAUGCAUUCAACAUGAGACACCCUCUAACAGGAGGAGGAAUGACAGUAGCUCUAUCAGACAUUGCUGUACUAAGGGAUCUUCUUAGUCCUCUGCGUAAUCUGAAUGAUGCAUAUAGCCUUUGCAACUAUCUUGAAUCCUUCUACACCCUACGCAAGCCAGUGGCAUCUACCAUAAACACCUUGGCAGGUGCCUUAUACAAGGUGUUUUGUGCAUCACCGGAUCCGGCAAGGAAGGAGAUGCGCCAAGCAUGUUUCGACUAUCUGAGCCUCGGAGGUGUUUUUUCGACUGGACCCGUGUCUCUCCUCUCUGGUCUAAAUCCUCGACCGUUGAGCUUGGUUCUCCAUUUCUUCGCAGUGGCCGUCUUUGGUGUCAGCCGCUUGUUACUUCCAUUUCCCACACCAAAACGCAUGUGGAUUGGAGCUAGAUUGAUAACUGGUGCAUCAGGAAUCAUUUUCCCCAUAAUCAAGGCUGAAGGAGUUCGACAGAUGUUUUUCCCUAUAACCGUACCAGCCUAUCACAGAGCUCCUCCUGAUCAUUAACAUAUAUGUUAAUGAAGACGAAAGGAUAAGAAAUUAGAAACUAGUACAAGUUCUAUACAAUCAAGAGAAACCAACUAAUUUGUAUAAGUAGCACGCUCCCUUCAAGAAGAACAAAGAGGGGAAUUCCGGGAAUGCAACAGCUAAUAUUAUUAUAUUUACUUGUAUUAUGGAUUACCGUAAUAUAUGCUCUUUUCUAUGGGAAUAAGUUUCCCACAAACUUUUAGUAGUAAGUAAAAUUAUAUAGAAAUGGAAGUUUAUUUCUAGACGUAAGCAA